AUUCUAUUGAGGUCUCAUUUUUCGUUUAGAAUUGUAUUUCACUUUUGCAGAGCCCAAAAUCCCAGAGAGAGAGAGAGAGAGAGAGAGAGAGAUGGCUCGACAAGCCACGAAACUCAUCGCCAACCUAUCUUCAAAGCUUUGCCCUAAGGCAGACUCUAUUUUGUCCCCUUCUUCUUCUUCUUCUUCUUCUCAUGCUUUGACUCAGUCUCGCCAUUUCGGGGCUGUUCCGGCGCCUCCUCCGCCUGUGUUUGUCGACAAGAACACUCGCGUCAUUUGCCAAGGUAUUACCGGCAAGAAUGGCACAUUUCACACCGAACAAGCCAUCGAAUACGGCACUAAGAUGGUUGGAGGUGUUACCCCAAAGAAGGGUGGAACAGAGCAUUUGGGACUUCCCGUUUUCAACACGGUUGCAGAGGCAAAGGCCGAGACAAAGGCUAAUGCAUCAGUUAUUUAUGUUCCUCCACCUUUUGCAGCAGCAGCUAUUAUGGAGGCAGUGGAGGCUGAAUUAGAUUUGGUUGUGUGCAUCACAGAAGGAAUUCCUCAGCAUGACAUGGUUCGGGUGAAGGCCGCUCUUAACAAGCAAUCAAAAACUAGGCUUAUUGGUCCAAACUGCCCUGGUAUUAUAAAGCCUGGAGAAUGCAAAAUUGGUAUUAUGCCUGGAUACAUUCACAAACCGGGGCGUGUAGGAAUUGUUUCUCGAUCUGGCACAUUGACUUAUGAAGCGGUUUUCCAAACAACUGCUGUUGGCCUAGGCCAAUCAACCUGUGUUGGUAUUGGUGGGGAUCCUUUUAAUGGGACAAACUUUGUUGAUUGCAUGCAGAAGUUUCUUGUUGAUCCUCAGACAGAAGGUAUCAUUCUUAUUGGUGAAAUAGGUGGUACAGCUGAAGAGGAUGCGGCUGCACUUGUAAAGGAAAGUGGGACUCAAAAGCCUAUUGUUGCUUUUAUUGCUGGACUCACUGCUCCACCCGGCCGGCGUAUGGGUCACGCUGGAGCUAUUGUAUCGGGGGGAAAGGGUACAGCACAAGACAAAAUCAAGACGCUCAGGGAAGCUGGGGUAACAGUGGUCGAGUCUCCUGCAAAGAUUGGAGCUGCAAUGCUCAAUGUCUUCAAACAGAGAGGUCUCGUGUGAGUCACUUUCAUACGAAUUGUUUGAUCUUAUUUUUGAACUGACCUGACAAUUUAUGCGAUGAGCCUUGGGUCUGAAGCCUGGUUUUAGUAUAUGAUUAGAAUAAGAAAUAUGUUGAGAAAACUGCAUUGGUUGUGAGAUCCGUGGAAACAUUUUUCCAAUAUUUCUGUUUUCCUAUAGCCUCCUUUAUUUAUGUUUAGAUUUGGAUACUUCAAUUGAAGUGUUUUUACAACACAGGUUUUAAGAAGAACUUCUAUUGUUUUGGAUUU